GCACAAGGUCCUGGAUACGGUAGAAGAAGGAACUUGGUGUCGUUCUCCUCCGGAGACAUCAUGGCCCUGAAGGAGGAUCUGCUGAAGCCCAUCUGGCACGCCUUCACCGCCCUGGACGUGGACAAGUGCGGCAAAGUCUCCAAGUCUCAGCUAAAGGUUCUCUCUCACAAUCUCUGUACGUUGCUGAACGUUCCGCAUGAUCCGGUGGCUCUGGAGGAACAUUUCCGGGAUGAUGAUGAGGGUCCCGUGUCCAACCAGGGUUACAUGCCGUACCUGAAUAAAUUCAUCCUGGAUAAGGUCCAAGGAGAAUUUGACAAGGUGGAGUUCUACAGGAUGUGCUGGACUCUGUGCGCCAAGAAGCACCUGGUGCGGAGUUCCCUGUGCAUCAGCGAGGACAGCGCCUUCAAGGUCUGGACCAUCUUCAACUUCCUGGCCGACGACAAGUAUCCGCUCACCUUGGUCCCCGAGGAGAUUGAGUAUCUCCUGAAGAAGCUGACGGAGGCGAUGGGCAGCGGGUGGCAGCAGGCCCUUUUCGAGGACUAUAAGAUCAGUCUCCAUGACCAGCAGAGGGGGCUGUCGGUGUGGGAGCUGAUCGAGCUGAUCGGUAGCGGACAGUUCAGUAAAGGCACCGACUCCACCACCGUGUCCAUGGCCAUCAGUGAGGUGUUCAAUGAGUUGGUCCUGGACGUCCUGAAGCAGGGUUAUCUGUGGAAGAAAGGUCACAAGCGGAAGAACUGGACGGAGCGCUGGUUUGUCCUUAAACCCAACGUUUUGUCCUACUACGUCAGCGAGGAUCUGAAGGACAAGAAGGGGGACAUCGUGCUGGAUGGGAACUGCUGCGUGGAGUCGUUGCCGGACAGGGACGGGAAGAAGUGCCUCUUCCUUGUGAAGUGCGUGGAUAAAAGCUACGAGAUCAGCGCCUCCGACAAGAAGAAGAAGCAGGAGUGGAUACAAGAUAUUCAGACGGUGGUGAACCUGAGGAAGAUGGGGAUCUCCUCGCCGCACAGGGACGCCCGGCAGAAACGGAAAGCGCUGCGGCAGAAGCUCCAGGCCGAGCAGGAGGAGCUGGAGAGGAAGAUGCGCGAGCUGCAGGCGUCCAACGAGAUGAAGCAGCAGGAGCUGGAGCAAGUGCGCACGCAAUUGAGGGAGGCGGCGGCGCGGGCGGAGGAGGAGGAGAAGAAACGGCACGACACCCACAUGGAGCUGCAGGACCGGUUCAGAGAGGAGCUGGAGCGCGAGCAGAUGAUCCGACAACAGAUGGAAGAGAAAGUGGCGCAGAAAUCCUCGGAGUUAGAUCAAUACCUGAACCGGGUGCGGGAACUGGAGGAAAUGUAUCUCCGCCUGCAGGAGGCGCUGGAUGACGAGAAACAGGCGCGACUCGAGGAGGAAAACGCUCGGCUUCUCCAGACCAGGCUUCUGGAACAGGAAGCUUCAAAGAGGGCGACGCUGGAAGAACUGCACAGAGAGCAGGAGAUGACCAUCAAGAUGACCGAGGCCGAGAACAAGGAGCUGAUGACCAUACAGGAAAUGAAGGAGAAGGCGCUGCAGGAGGCCAUGCAACAGCUGGAGCAGCUGGAGGACGAGCGGAUCGCGGCUCUGGAGCAGUAUGAGCAAGUAAGAAGUAACCUGGAAAUGGCGACCAGUAAGACGAGGAGCUGGAAGGACAAGGUGGCGCAGCACGAGGGGUUAAUACGAUUAAUACAGCCAGGAUCUAAAAACCCCGGACUGAUCACGAACUGGGGUCCAGCGUCCUUCACCCAAGGGGAACUCCAGGAACGAGAGAAGAACUGGCAAGAGAAGAAGAAUUCCACCGGCGUGGAGUAGAAGAAGAGCGACCACCGAGUGCAAGGAGAGGACAGAGGGGUCAGGAGGUGACAGGGGCUCCAGGAGGACCUCGUGGAUGUAGAAUCAUAACAUGUCUGGAAAUUAUCACCUUAUAUCAUAAAAAAGGGACACAACGUAUAACCGUAGAUCAGUAGUGGACAUUAUCUGCCCAAUCGUGUCAUCUGCUCAACUGGAUUGUCUGUCCAACCUAUUCACCCACUGGUGUCAUCUAUCCCACUGGAUCAUCUGUCCAAGCAAGUCAUCUGCCCAUCUGGUUCAUCUGGCCAACCAAGUCAUCUGACCAACCAGAUUGUUUGUCCAACCAUGUAAUCUACCCAUCUGGAUCAUGUGUACAACCUGACUAUUUACCCACCUGUGUCAUCUAUCAAACUGGAUAAUCUGUCCAACCACAUUGUCUGUCCAAUCAAGUGAUCUGCCCAUAUGGAUCAUCUGCCCAACCCGACAGUUUUUCCAUAUGUGUCAUCUGUCCCACCUAAUCAUCUCUCCAAACAUAUUCACUUCUCAACCGCGUCACCUGCUCAAUCACACUAUCUGCACAACUGCAUAAUCUGCCCAACUAGAUAAUCUGUCCAAAUGGAUUAUCUGUCCAAUCAGAUCUUUUGCCCAAUCUCAUCAUUGGCCAAAUCCUAACAUCUACCCAAUGACAUAAUCUGCUCAACCGGAUCAUCUGUCCAACCUAUUUUCCCACGUGUGUUAUCUCUCGCACAGAAUCAUCUGACCCAACCAGGUUGUCUGUCCAACCAAGUCAUCUGCCCAUCUGUCCAACCUGACUAUUUACCCUCCGGUGUCAUCUGUCCCAUCUAAUCAUCUAUGCAACCAGAUUGUCUAUGCAUCAAAGUCAUCUGCCCAAUCCUAUCUUCUGGCCAAUGACACUAUCUGCACAAUCUGCCCAAAUGGAUAAUCUGUCCAAUGAGAUUGUUUGCCCAAUGACCUAAUCUCUUCAGCUGGAUCUAUGGAAGUGUAUGUAGAAUGUAGAGCUCCCCCUAGAGCAGUGGUCUCAAACUGUGGCCCUCUAGAUGUUGCCGUUGGCUGUCCUGGCAUGCUGGGAGUUGAAUGUUGGUAACAUCUAGAGGGCCACGGACUGAGACCACUGACCUAGAGCCAUGUGACCCUUAGCUCAGACCUUCUCAGUCCUGGGACUUGUGGGACCUUCUCAAGGACAAGACAGGAUGCAGUCAGUCCUUAACCCUUUCCCCACACCAGCUCAGACAUCUCGUCUCCAUGUUUAUCUCGUCUGCUUUAUUUUUUAUUUUAUUUUUAUUUGUAAUAUUAAGUGGAAUAUAAAACGAGAAAAUCUAAUUGUGAAGUGAAUCUCCGAUGAUGUCAGGAAUUUUUUCUGGAAUCCGAUUGGUCAUGGCCUCCUCCAUAAAGAGUCAUUGAUACAAAUAAU